AUGACAUUCGCCGGCUUCGUGGUGGCGCUGGUGAUAGGAACGAUCCCCGAAGCCCGCGGGCUGGGGCAGGUCUCCGCCAGCCUCACGGACGCCUGCUCCCCACAGACGCCCGCCCCGGCCCAGCCGCACCCCGCCGGCUGCCCCACCGGGGGCUUCGCGGUGGCCCCGCGGCCAUGGCCACCCGCAGUGCCCGGCCUCCCGCGGCGAGGCACAGCGGGCCGGGGGCCGCGGGGCCGCCGCAGCUCCUGCGCCCUGCCCGGCGGCGGCCGGAGCCCGACGAAGCGGGGCCGCGCUGACUGCGAGCGAGGGUCAGUAAGACUCCAGGGUGGCAAAAAUAAGUUUGAAGGUACAGUGGAGGUUUAUUUGAAUGGAAUCUGGGGAACAAUCUGUGGAAGCCACUGGGACAAUAACGAUGCAACGGUUAUAUGUCGCCAGCUUGCACUUGGUGAAAAAGGUACAGCAAAACAUGUACCGUUUUCUGGACUGGGCCUUAUUCGUGUUUACUGGAGUGAAGUGCGUUGUCGUGGUGAUGAGGAAAAUAUACUGCUAUGUGAAAAAGACAUCUGGCAGGAUGGAACAUGUCCUCAAAAAAUGGCAGCUGCUGUCACAUGUAGCUCUUCCCUGGCCCCUGUCUUUACUCCGAUCCGUCUGGCUGGUGGGACCAACACUCAUGAAGGAAGAGUAGAAGUCUACCAUGCUGGCCUGUGGGGAACUGUCUGCGAUGAUCAGUGGGAUGAUGCAGAUGCUGAAGUUGUCUGUCGGCAGCUUGGCCUUGGGGGUAUUGCCAAGGCAUGGAGCCAGGCUUACUUUGGAGAAGGCUCAGGCCCUGUGCUGCUGGAUGAAGUGCAGUGCACAGGAAACGAGCUCUCGCUAGAGCAGUGUCCGAAAAGUUCCUGGCAAGAACACAACUGUGGCCACAAAGAAGAUGCUGGUGUUUCCUGCACACCUCUCACAGAUGGUGCAUUAAGACUAACGAGUGGAAAAGGCAGUCAUGAGGGACGCCUGGAGGUCUACUACACUGGGCAGUGGGGCACAGUCUGUGAUGAUGGGUGGACUGAGCUGAAUACACAGGUGGUUUGCCAGCAGCUGGGAUUUAAGUAUGGAAAAACUGCAUCUGAGAGCUACUCAGAGGGAAGCUCUGGGCCCAUCUGGUUGGAUGAUGUCAGCUGCUCAGGGAAGGAGACAAACCUUCUGCAGUGCUCAAGGAGAGAGUGGGGAAAGCAUGACUGCAACCAUCAGGAGGAUGUCAGACUCGUUUGCCAUCCAGAUAAUGACAGCCAUAGACUCUCACUUGGUCCUCCCAUCAGGCUGAUGGAUGGCGAGAAUAAGAAGGAAGGACGUGUAGAGAUUUUUAUCAAUGGCCAGUGGGGCACAAUUUGUGAUGACGGAUGGUCUGAUAAGGAUGCAGCUGUAGUCUGUCGACAGCUUGGCUACAAAGGUCUGGCUAGAGCAAGGACAAUGGCGUAUUUCGGGGAGGGCAAAGGCCCAAUCCAUGUGGAUAACGUGAAAUGUACAGGAAGUGAAAGAUCCUUGGUUGACUGCAUUAAGCAGGACAUUGGGAUGCACAACUGCCGGCACAGCGAGGACGCAGGGGUCAUCUGCGACCACCUAAGCAAGAAGGCCCCGGGGAACAGCAAUAAAGAUUCUCUUGCAUCUGUUUGUGGAUUGAGGUUACUCCAUCGUCGACAAAAGCGAAUCAUUGGUGGGAAAAAUUCAUUACGGGGUGGCUGGCCGUGGCAUGUUGCACUCCGACUGAAGUCUUCUCAUGGUGAUGGAAGACUCUUGUGUGGUGCUACUCUCAUCAGCAGCUGCUGGGUCCUCACUGCUGCACAUUGUUUUAAAAGGUAUGGCAACAAUACUCGGAGCUAUGCUGUGCGAGUUGGAGACUAUCACACACUGGUACCAGAAGAAUAUGAGGAAGAAAUUGGAGUCCAACAGAUUGUGAUGCAUAGAGAUUACAGGCCUGACAGCAGUGACUAUGAUAUUGCGUUGGUGAGGCUACAGGGGCCAGAGGAACAGUGUGCCAGGUUCAGUACCCAUGUCUUACCUGCUUGUUUGCCAUUAAGAAGAGAAAGACCACAGAAAACUGCUCCCAACUGUUACAUCACUGGAUGGGGUGACACAGGAAGGGCUUAUUCAAGAACACUACAACAGGCUGCCAUCCCCUUACUUCCCAAGAGGAUAUGUGAAGAGCGUUACAAAAGGAGAUUCACAGGAAGAAUGCUCUGUGCUGGAAACAUCCAGGAACAGAAACGUGUUGAUAGCUGUCAAGGAGACAGUGGUGGACCACUGAUGUGUGAACGUCCAGGGGAAAGCUGGGUUGUGUAUGGUGUGACCUCCUGGGGCUAUGGCUGUGGAGUGAAAGAUUCUCCAGGUGUCUACACAAAAGUAUCCUCUUUCAUACCCUGGAUAAAAAGUGUGACCAAACUAUGA